AUUAAAACAGAUGACGCCAUUAACAAGAAAAGCAGAGAGUAUGAGGUUCAUGUUGAAGGUUUUUGCAGUUGUAGAAUUAGUGCUUCUGAUAGAUCACCCUGGUGCUCAUGCCUUAAGCAGAGACCAGUUCCCUCGUGACUUCGUGUUUGGUGCAUCAACCUCGGCUUACCAGGUUGAAGGUGCAGCAAAUGAAGAUGGCAGGAAGCCAAGCAUAUGGGACACCUUCUCUCAUGCUGGAAAUGGGAAUUUGUAUGCUGGUGAUGGAGAUGUUGCAUGUGAUCAUUAUCACAAAUAUAAGGAAGAUGUUAAGCUCAUGGCCGACAUGGGCUUAGAAGGAUACAGAUUUUCCAUAUCAUGGUCAAGGCUUAUUCCAGAUGGAAGAGGACAAGUGAAUCCCAAGGGACUACAGUUUUACAACAACCUUAUUGAUGAAUUGAUCGGCAAUGGAAUAGAAGCACAUGUUACAUUACACCAUUGGGACCUGCCACAAGCACUUGAGGAUGAAUAUGGAGGAUGGGUUAGUCGAAAAAUUGUGAAAGACUUCACAAAAUACGCAGAAGUGUGCUUUAGAGAAUUUGGAGACAGAGUUAAGUAUUGGACUACUGUGAAUGAGGCCAAUAUGAAUAUACUAAUGGGCUAUGAUGUAGGAUUGGCACCACCUCAGAGGUGUUCUUCUAACCUUAUAAUGAAAUGUUCCAGAGGAAAUUCCUCAACGGAGCCAUAUUUGGCUGCCCAUCAUAUGUUGUUAGCACAUGCUUCAGCUGCUAGGGUAUAUAAGAAGAAAUACCAGGGCAUGCAGCAUGGCUUAAUUGGGUUUAGUCACCUUCUUCCCGGUUUUCUUCCUCAAACAAAUUCUACUGAAGAUUUAAUGGCCGUUCAAAGGGUCCAAGACUUCUUCAUUGGGUGGUUUAUGAAUCCCUUUAUAUUUGGAGAUUACCCGGAUAUAAUGAAAAGGAAUGCUGGCUCAAGGCUUCCUUCCUUCACUCAAAAGGAAUCAAAUCUAGUGAAGGGCUCACUCGAUUUCUUUGGAAUAAACUUUUACUACUCUGUUUAUGUUAAGGACAGUCCAAACAAUCUGAAGAAGGAGAACAGGGAUUACGUAGCAGAUCUAUCAGCAAAAUUUCAAG